AUGGCCACAAGAACUCUGGUAGUCGGGGGAACCGGUGGCAUCGGCUACGCGAUAGCCUCGCGCCUCGCCGCCGAGUCCUCAUCCUCCACCGUGAUCAUUAGCGGGCGCAACAAGCCGCAGGACAUCCCACACGCGAACAUGGAGUUCCGGCCGCUGGACGCGUCAUCGAUGCGCGCAAUCAAGGACUACACGACCGCGUAUAAGGCCACUAAGCCGCCAGCCCUAGACUACCUCGUCCUCAGCCAGGGCAUCGGAACCAUGGCUGGCCGCACCGAGACAGCAGAGGGCAUCGACAACAAGAUGGCGCUUCACUACUACGGCAAGCAGCUGCUAAUCCGCGAGCUGCUGCCGGUUCUCAAGGACGACGCCAAGAUCCUCAUCGUGCUCGACGGAAAACGCGGUAACCCGUCCAGUCUCAUCUGGGACGACCUAGAUCUCAAGUCCAACUUCAGCCUUGCCAACGCGGCCGCCCACUGUAUCUCCAUGACGGACGCCAUGGUGCAGGCCUUCGCGACGCAGCAGGCGGGCAGCAAGAGACACUUUGUGCACGCCUAUCCUGGCUUCGUGCGGACCGAGAUCUUCAAGAACCUGCCGUGGUAUCUGCGGACCCCGGCGAAGGCCAUCGGCCCUUUGUUGGGUGUGCUGCCUGACACGUGCGCCGAGAGGCUCAUCAGCGGGACACGUGAGCGAGCAGCGGACGGCGAUAAGCUCUGGAGUUUCAUUGAUGAGAAGGGCCAUCUGAUCUCGAACAAGGCAAGCUGGACAGAGCAGCAGAUCAAGGAUGUCGAGGACCAUACGUGGAAGGUUAUCGAUGGUGCGCUGAAUACGACGGCUUGA